AUGGACGGCGACCUCAUUGCGCUUGUCAACAAGCUCCAGGACACGUUCAACGCCAUUGGCGGGGACGCCGUCGAUCUCCCCCAGAUCGUGGUCGUCGGUUCCCAGUCGUCCGGCAAGUCGUCCGUCCUCGAGACCAUUGUUGGCCGCGACUUUCUUCCCCGUGGCUCGGGCAUCGUUACUCGUCGCCCGCUCGUCCUCCAGCUCAUCCACACGCAGGGGCUGGGUGGCGGAGCGUCGGGGGCUUCCGGGCAGCCCUCCCUCGCACCCUCGUCGAGCGGGUUGAACAACCGCCGCUCCUCUGGCAACUCGCACCACUCGGCCAACGACGACAAUGGAUACCUCCCCGACCUCUCAGGAGGCAGCAAUGGCGGCGGUAACAGGCGGUCGAUGGGCGGCGACACUGGCAUCGACUAUGCCGAGUUCCUCCACAUCAACCGCCGGUUCACCGACUUUGACGAGGUCCGCCGUGAGAUUGAGGCCGAGACGUUCCGUGUCGCUGGCCAGAACAAGGGUGUGUCCAAGCUCCCCAUCAACCUCAAGAUUUAUGGCCCAGGCGUGCUCAACCUCACCCUUGUGGACUUGCCCGGUCUGACCAAGGUCCCUGUGGGAGACCAGCCGACCGACAUUGAGCGCCAGAUCAAGAACCUUGUUCUCGACUACAUCUCAAAGCCCAAUGCGGUUAUCCUCGCUGUGUCGCCUGCCAACGUCGACCUGGCAAACUCGGACGCUCUCAAGCUUGCUCGCACGGUCGACCCCCGUGGGCUGCGCACCCUUGGUGUGCUCAGCAAGCUCGACCUCAUGGACGCCGGUACCAACGCCCUCGACGUUCUCACCGGCAGGACGUACCCGCUGAAGCUUGGCUUUAUCGGUGUCGUCAACCGUUCACAGCAGGAUAUCAACCUCGACCUGCCCAUGGAGGACGCGCGCAUCAAGGAGCAGGAGUUCUUCCAGAACCACCCCGUCUACCGCAACAUUUCGCACCGCUGCGGUACAAAGUACCUGGCCAAGACGCUCAACUCUGUCCUUAUGAACCACAUUCGCGAAAAGUUGCCCGACAUGAAGGCUCGUCUCAACACCCUCAUGGGCCAGACUCAGCAGGAGCUCAACUCCUUUGGUGACGCCACGUUCCUUGGCGAGCAGCACCGUGGAUCUCUCAUCCUGAAACUCAUGACCGAGUUCGCCCGAGACUUUGUGUCUUCCAUCGAAGGUACUUCGCUCGAGAUUUCGACCAAGGAGCUCUGUGGCGGCGCGCGCAUCUACUACAUCUUCAAUGACGUGUUUGGCCAUGCUCUCGGCACCAUCGACCCCACCCACAACCUGUCACUCACCGACAUUCGCACCGCUAUCCGCAACUCGACCGGCCCCCGUCCGUCCAUGUUCGUUCCCGAAGUGGCCUUUGACUUGCUCGUCAAGCCCCAGAUCAAGUUGCUUGAGCCUCCUUCGCUUCGCUGCGUCGAACUCGUGUACGAGGAGCUCAUGAAGAUCUGCCACAACUGCACUACUCCCGAGCUCCAGCGCUUCCCCAAGCUCCACACCCAGCUGAUCGAGGUUGUCUCCGAGCUCCUUCGCGAGCGUCUCGGCCCCACCUCGGAGUAUGUGUCGAGCCUCAUCCAGAUCCAGGCAGCCUACAUCAACACCAACCACCCCGACUUCCAGGCUGGUCAGGCUGCCAUCGCUUCCGCUGGCUCGGCCCCUAUGCCUGCCCCCAAGCUGCCCUCGCUGGACGGCUCGGUCGAGGAUGAGGAGUCGGGAUCCGAGGACUCGGCAUCGUUUGGCGCCAACGGCAAUGGCAGCGUUGCCCAGCACCUGCGCUCGUCGUCGACUUCGAUCCCCGACUCGCGUGACCGUGCCGCCAACAAGCUGCUUGGUACCAAGAAUGGCCACAACCGUGCCAUCUCGACAACGAGCAACUCGCCGUUCUCGGUUCCCGCUCCUCCACCCGCAUCUCACGGUGGCUCUCCGCAGACCGCCAAGGACACGUUCCUCAACUACUUCUUUGGCGGACCAGGUGGUAUGCCCACUCAGAUCAACUCGGCCCCCGGUUCGAGCCACGGUCGCCGAUCUGCCCCACUCGUCUCGUCGGGCUACGGCCCCAACGACAUUCUGCCCGACCUCGGCUCUGGAAGGAGGACAGGCGCCGCCACUGGCCUGGACGCCGGUACUGCUGCCUACGACAUGAAGUCGCUGGGCAAGCACCUCGACUCGAGCGAUGCCCCCGUGCACCUCACCGGGCGUGAGCAGAUGGAGACCAACCUUAUCCGCUCGCUUAUUGCGAGCUACUUUGGCAUUGUUCGCCGUACCAUUGAGGACCUGGUUCCCAAGUCGAUCAUGCACCUGCUGGUCAACUUUUCGCGCGACGCCGUGCAGCAGCGACUGGUUACGUCUCUGUACAAGCCCGACCUGUUUGCCGAGCUGCUGCAUGAGGACGAGGCGUUGGUGACUGAGCGCACGCGUGUCAAGGCGUUGCUGGACGCAUACAAGGAAGCGUUCCGUGUGUUGAGUGAGGUGUCGCUCAAGAGCUCGUAG